CCAUCCCAGUUAAACCCAGCACAGCAGCCAGCACAUCCUGUCCCUGCUCAUCUCGCAGCUGGACACCUCAGAAGGAUUCCAUGAUGGACAGGGCCAAAACUCCUACUACAAUUCCAAAAGUGAACAGGCUCUGCCUUCCCAUCCCCUCUGAGCUGGGUGACCUUAUGGCAGCAGGAUAAGAAACCAGUUAGACGGGAAUUUCUCUCCGUUAUCCUGAGCUGCCUGUGCCUGACGCAGGCAUUGUCCUUGAAUUCCUUUCCCAGCAGGGUCCAGUAUAACCUUCUGCACCAUUUUUCUUGGUACUGAAGUUAGAUUAUCAGGGCUGGAGUUUCCUGGAAAAGUCCAAGUGGGAUACAGCUGGAGAAUGCCCAGCCAACAAUGGAGUUCCUCAGGCUUCCAGGACCUUGAGUGGAGAUUGAGGUGGCUCCUUCUGGAACAUACUGGGAUGAAUCCCAUAGAACAUCCCAGCCUCGUGGAUACUGAAGUGGUCCAAGUGGUCCCCAGUGAUCCCAAAUGGAAAAUCAACACCCCUCCUCUCCCGCUGGAUACACAGAUAAGCUGGGGUGACUGUGAGAGGGCAGGUGACUGGACAAGGACACUGGGAACAGCUAAAAGCAGAGAGGAGGCCCAGAGAGCUGAAUUCCCACAGGACUGUGCCACCCUGAGUGGGUCAGCUGUCUCCAGGAGGAUGCUUGGCGUGGCUUUGGGCAUCGGGGUCCUGCUGGCCCUGGUGGGCUGCACGGCCACCGAGGGCUGUGUGGCCCCGCAGGAUAUGGUCUCCCAGCUGCUCCAGCGCUUGGAGGGAUCUGUAAAUCUCGAGGAGGCGGCAAAUCCCAGUGUCCUGCUGGCCAUGAACCUGGCUGGGGGGGACAGCAAUGGUCCCAUCCACAAGUGGCUGCUCCACGAGAUCAAGGAGGAGGCAGUGAAGAGAGCCCAGAAAGACAUGACCUCGGGACAGGUGGCUCUGCACGUCCUCGCCCUCCUCUCCUCCUGCCAGGACCCCCAGCAUGUCCAUGCCCUGGAGCAGACACUCGACCUGAUCCGUGUCCUGCAGCAGAAAACAGAUGAGGAGAUGGCCAAACUGGAGGCUGAGGGGGUUCCCAAAACUAGCCUGUACAGCGUGGGCCUGGACACCAUGGCCCUGUGCCUGGCUGAGGCGGGCGGCGCUCAAGGGCCAUCGGUGGCCCUGGCCAAGCAAGUGCUGAGCCCUGAGAGCCACCUCUCCGUGGACACCCGGGCCAUGGUGGCAUUGGCGCUGAGCUGCGUCUACAACUACGUGGAGCUCCAGGAUGUGCGGGAACUGCUCCGGGAGGCACUUUGGACAGUGAGCAACAGCUUCCUGGAUGAGCAGGAGAAGAGGAAUGGCAUGAUUGGGAAUAUCUACAGCAUGGGGCUGGCCCUGCAGGCACUGGAGGCCACAAGGAAGUUCUAUGCCCCUCGGAAGUGGGACUGUGCCCAGGCCUUCUCCGUGGUGUACGCCCACGACUACCAGCAGCCCAUGGCCAUGGCCCAGGUGCUGCCAGCCCUGGUAGGCAGGUCCUACCUGGAUGUGGCUGGCCUGGACUGUGCUGCCACCCAGGAUAUGUACCAAAGCCAACAGUUGCCCCUGUUCCCAAAGCUGGGGACACAUGGCGUUCCCAGAGCCUCCAUCCAGGUGUAUUACUCCAUCACCAACAAGCUACAGGGAAAACACUUCAACUACUCCACCAAAGUGACAGUCCCAAGAGGUUCCACUCUGCUCCGGGUGAUGGAGGUGGCAGCAGAGGAGGAACCCCAGACCUUUAGUUUCCAGACAGAGCAGACAUCCUGGGGUCCCUAUGUGACCUCCAUUCACGGGCUGGCUGGCAGUACGGAUGACAGGACCUACUGGCAGUUCCUCAGUGCUGGGAAUGCUCUGGAGGAAGGGGUCGGAACCUACAAACCACAAGAUGGGGAGCACAUCCAGGCCGUCUUCAGCACCUACUGAUGCCACCAAGACACCCUGGACCCCACCAGGGAGCAAUAAAGUGCCAUUCCAGCA